AUGGGAAAUAAUGACAUUUACAAACUUAAGGAAGGAACUGCUGACUGGAACCGACUAGACGACAAACUGGCGAGUGUCUUCGGCGCUGAAAGGGAAUUUGCAACAGUGGAUCGUAGUGGAAUUAGUGGUUUUACAAUUGCCGAGGAAGCUAGGAAGCAGAAGGCAGGCGCAUUC